AUGUUGUUCUACUUGUUUGUAAUUCUACUUGUUGUGAUUGCACUUCUUGGUCUUGUCUAUGUCUUGCCAAUUGUAAAGGUUAGAACUGCUCGUCCGAUGAAGAUUUAUGAAACCAUUCAUAGUUUACCAUUGAUUGGAAAGAGUGCUAUUGCUGAUUGGUACUUGUCCAAGAUUAUUUCUCUUUCUGCUCCUUACACUGCAUCAAUUAGUCCAACUAUUGAAGUAAUGAGUGAUGAAAAGACAGUGAUUAGUAUUCGUGAAAAGUAUUCAAUGAAGAAUCCAUUCAACUCUAUUCAUGCUGCUGCUUUGGUCAAUUUGGGAGAUUUAGUUUGUGGAAUUCAAGUCACCAAUCAAACUGGAGCCAAAAAAUUGAGAGCCAUUCCUGUUGAAAUUAAGGCUGAAUAUCCUAAAAAAUCGAGAGGUAAAAUUACAGCCACUUGUGAAACUAUUCUUACAGAUGUGAGUGAAAUGCAACAAGUUAAUGGUAAGCCUUGUAUUAAUGCAAUUGCAGAGUUGAGAGAUGAAAGUGGAGAAUUGACUGCUAAGGUAACCAUGUUGUGGAGUGUCGCUCCAAUCCCUGAUAAAAAGAAGGAUUAA